AUGGAGAGAAAUUUUGUCAGUCCUACAUUUCCUAAAUCGACAAAAGCAACGAAAAAUCGACGUCGUGAAUUAACUGAAGAAGAAAUCGAUGAAAUUAAGGAAGCAUUUGAAUUAUUUGAUAACGAUAAAGAUAAUGAACUUGAUUAUCAUGAAUUUAAAGUUGGACUGCGAGCAUUAGGUUUUGAUGUUCAUAAAGCAGAGGUUCAAAAAUUAAUGCGUGAUUAUGAUCGGCAAGGUAAAAAUAAAAUAACUUAUCAAGAUUUUCAUGAAAUUGCAACUGAGAUGAUAAUUCAACGUGAUUCACGUGAUGAAAUACAUAAAGCAUUUAAAUUAUUUGAUGAUGAUGAAUCAGGAAAAAUUUCCUUGAAAAAAUUACGACGUAUUGCACGAGAACUGGGCGAUAAUGCUAAUGAAGAAGAACUGAAAGCAAUGAUCGAUGAAUUUGAUUUAGAUGGAGACGGAGAAAUUAACUUUGAUGAAUUUUUGGCUAUGCUUAAUUCAGAUUAA